GUCUGAGUCGACAGCAUUCAGUCCAACGAGACAUUCCAAUCUCUUCUGCUUACUUUAAUUCCUUUUGUCAUAGUGAACUACUAGCCCACUACUUAGCCUGUCUGUAUUAUUAUUGUGUGGUGGACCGUGCUGUGCUGUUCUUCAUUCACCACUCUCUCCCUCCCUACUGGCGUGUUUUUUUUUUCCCUGGGCACCACCAACACGUUCUGUUCCUGCGUAUGGCCCCGUAGCCCGCCCUUUUGCACCGGCUCCCCGGUCCUUGUCUACUGGUUUUUACCAUUGAGACUGGUUCUCCCUCCUAUCAAUACGCGCCGGGGGAACAGUUUCAUAUAUAUAUAUAUACUGUGUCGUCACCAUGUCGCUCGCGGGCCUGCGUCACCCGGCGUCUGGCGACGAGAGCCACGGUCACCACCAACAUUUUGCGGUGGUGCCCCCUUCACCGACCCUGACGAACCCAGAUAUGAUCCUACCGUUUGAUGACGGGGAGCGCGAGUCUUCGACCCCGUCUCCUCCCUUCCAGCUGCCGUCGUUGUCGUCCCACCUGCAGUCGCUACACGCUCCCAACAACAGCUACAACCAUAACAACACGUUGCAUCACUCUCAGAGCGAAUCAGGCGUGGACGGGACGCAGAUCGGCGUUGCGAUCUCGGACUCCGGUCGUCUGCAGCAGCAGCAGCAGCAGCAGAAGAGGGGAUUCCAGCGACAUUGGAUGCAUGAAAGCAUCGAUGCGAGCCGCCGAUUGUCCGACAUUGGCGAGGAAGAUACGACGUCACCGUCGCACAACCACAAUCCGACCACAACGCGAUAUCUCGAGCCACGGAACCAGGCCCAGGGACUAUCAGGCUCCCCGACGCUGCGCGAACAGCUCUCCAUGAAGGAGUCCCGGGAGGCGGAGGGCUGGAGCAGCUCGUCCAGUUCAACCAUCAGUGGUGGCAGCGAUGCAUCGUCGAAAUGGGUGGCGGUUAAGAAUACGGGUCGGCUGGAGGGCGUCGCUCCGGCGACAUCGGAGAAGCAGGCGAACACUCACGUGAGAAAGUCCUCGGUUCCCCGAAAUAAUGAUGGCGCGGGGGCCGUCGAGCAACCUGGCGCAGAACUGGCGAGGACCAGGGCCGUGUCGGCGCCGGGAGAAGGGCCUGGGGAAGACCUCUCAUCGACGAUUCUGAGUAGUGAGGCGGAGAGGAUUCUAGAGAAUGCGAAAAAGAGGCUUACUCUGAUGGAAGGCAAUCUCAGCCGGGCUCGGUCGUCGGUGCGACUGUCACCGUCGCUCUCUCCAACGCCCUCGUCACCAUCCUCUUCCUCUCCGCUUGGCCUUCAUCAGCCUGCUGGAGGACUAUACCAAUCUAUUUCUCGUACGGAUCGCAAGUCUUCUGUUCUCCGCCCCCGUCCCACUCACGUCACAACCCAAGAUGCGAUCAACAGCCUCAACAACCGCCAUUCGAGAGUCCAGAGCGAGAUCAAUCUGCCGUCAGCUUCCCAGUCAAGCAUGCAAUCUACCCAAGCCACACAUCUGUCCCGCUCGGUCAGUGCAAUGGGCUCCACCAGCCUUUCUCACCUGCGUAGCGAUGAGAGGUCUUUCCGGUACGACCCUAGCAGAGCCUAUCUCACUCAUCGGGCAUCCACGUCGUCAAUCCGUCCACCAAGUGCAAUGGAGGGGCAAAUAUCGUACUUGGAAGAAGGCGUGACGUCUGACCUACCCAAGGGGCUUGGGAUCUUGACGGAGCCAGAGAAUGGGAGCGUAGCGCUAAGCGGGAAAUCAACGCCCUCUGCUGCUGCUUCUGCUGCUGCUAACAACCCACCCGCACGUGCACAAUCCCAACUUCAGGUCCGGGAUCUCCAAGACCAGAUGAAGGGUCUCCAUAUCAAGAUCUCAACGCUCAAAGUGAAAACGCAGGAAGACAACCUUCGUCGACGCAGCCUGCAAUCAUUACGUGGAACCAGUCCCUUCACUGCGGCCGAUCAAUGGUAUACAAACUCCAUGGAGUACCGUGAUAGCAUGAGCGAAUUCCAUACCCAUUCGGAGCAAUUGAAGCGAGAAGAAGGCAGCAGCAAGCCCCAGGCUGAACACGACAAGAAUUCUUUUGUAGAGCGCAGCUCAACCAGCUCCGGCUCCAAACGGACGAGCACUCCUAUCAACACGGCAAGAAACACGCCGCGUGCCCCGUCGGCUACCGGGUUGACCCAUUUUGAUGACGGAAAAUCCACCGUAGAAAGUCUGUACGAAGAUGCCGAGGAAGGCGACUAUGCUUAUGACGGAUCAGAUGGGAGUAUCGAUCGGGAGGCACUUGAGAAGAUCCUACAAGAACCCUACGAAGACGAAGACCUGAGCGACUCCUUGGAAGCCUUUCCCCCGGUCCCGCACUCGCUGGAUGCGACUCCACAUGAGGAACGAGAGGAUGCCUUUGACUAUGAGCAUUUUAUCCUGCACAGCGCGUUGGGGAGCUAUUCCCGCGCGAAGCUCCGGCGUUCAAGCCAGAGCUCGACGGGAUCGACAGAAACCACCAGACCAGCGCACACGGGGCGACACUCACGAGCGGACAGCGUUGCCUCGCUGUCCACGGUUGCGACCUUUGCCACUGCGAUGGAGGGUGACGACGACGACGACGAUCUUGAUAGCGUUCUCUAUUGGGAUCGGAAAUUCACUGCCGAAUUGCGCUCUCAGCAAAGAUACGUCGAACCAGACGCUCAUCGAAAGAAGAACGAUCCCACUUCGCCGUCUGAGACGACGCCUCGUCUGGCCUGGAAACAGGCCGGGAGCCGUCAUGCGAAUGGCUUCUCUUCGUCUUCCGGGCCCCCCACGUCCCAAUCUCUUGCGACAUCGUUUGUGUCGAUGGUACGAGCCGGAUCCCACUCGAAAUCCGGCACUGCCCUAAACCAGGACGACGCGCAGGUCCUGGAGCAGCUGUUCCAGAGCCUGGGCAAUGUCUGCAUGGAACUGCAAGCCAUCACCGUCGCGCCAGACCAUGACCCGAAGGCUGUCCGGGUUCUGCGGCGCCGGCUGGAUGCCGCUCGCAGAGUGCUCGACGGUGAACUAGAUGCUUGAUUCUAUUUUUUCAUUCUUUUUUUUUUCAUAUGUAAUCCGUUUAUAUAUGUCUCUCUUUUCUCUCUUUUUAUUUGAUAUAUGCGUGUCGUGUCGAGCGUUUGCUAACGAGUUGAUGUUGACGAUGCUUCUCGUCGACCUGUGGUCUUCUUUGUGAUACCCGAUUUUGAUUUGAUAUGAGAUUUAUAUGCUUUUUCUGACUAUACUCCGUAUAUAGCAAUAUAACUGCC